GCCGAGAGAAGAAUCCAGCAGGAGACAGACUCGGUCAUGUCUCCAGAGCUGUCCCCGUUUCAACUCAAAGUGAGCAGUAGUUUGAAACGGACAGCCAGUAGAAGAUCUCGCAGGAUGCUGUCCGAGGAUCCAGAGGACGAAUCAGACGAGAAGUUUGAUCCACUGGAUGAGCGGGUGUCCCCCCUGCCUCCCACGUCUCCCAUGCCCGUCCACCCUCUCCUUGCUGCAAUGUCGUCCCACCCUCUCAGCACUCGCCGUGGCAGCCAGGCCAGUCUCUUCUCCUUCAGACCCUGUACCACCUCUGAUGCCGACUUCGGGGAUGACGAGUACAGUGUCCACGGGGACAUCAUGGGGAGGAGCAGGGCAGGCUCCACCAUCGGCCCCAACUGGCAACACAAGCACAAAAGGACAGGCAGCGUGAGGAGCCAUUGCUCUCAGGUCUUCACCCCCAGUCUCAACAUCAACGGACGUCUCAACAUCUCCCUGGACCAGAACGGCGUCACCACUGUCGGCCUGCACACCCCCACCUCCCUACCCGCCUGCAGCAUGGAGAAGGUCAAAGAAGAUCAAGAGCCCACCUGUAUAGAAGAGUCCAGUGCCAAGCCAGCCCAGCUCUCCCCCGAGACUGCAGAGCCUCCCCUCCGUAGGAAGCGCGGUCUGAGCUCCAUUAGCUUCCUCAGCGAUGCCAUGGAUGGUGAGGGUACCUUCAGAGAGCUGGAGGAGUCUCGUCAGAAGUGUCCCCCGUGCUGGUACACUUUUGCCAAGGCGUACCUGAUCUGGGACAGGUGCCCGUGGUGGCUGAAGGUAAAGGAGUAUGUGAAGAUGAUUGUGAUGGAUCCCUUCCUAGACCUGGCAAUAACCAUCUGUAUCGUCCUCAACACCCUCUUCAUGGCCCUGGAACACUACCCCAUGACCGACGAGUUCAACAAUGUGCUCUCUGUUGGCAAUCUGGUGUUCACGGUGAUCUUCACAGCAGAGAUGGUGUUCAAGCUGAUAGCCAUGGAUCCAUACUUUUACUUCCAGCAGGGCUGGAACAUGUUUGACGGCAUCAUCGUCUGUCUCAGCCUCAUGGAGCUGGGCCUGUCCAACGUAGAGGGACUGUCCGUCCUGCGCUCCUUCAGACUGUUGCGAGUGUUCAAGCUAGCGAAGUCAUGGCCCACCCUGAACACAUUGAUCAAGAUCAUCGGUAACUCCGUGGGAGCUCUGGGAAACCUGACCCUGGUACUGGCCAUUAUCGUCUUCAUCUUCGCCGUGGUGGGCAUGCAACUGUUCGGCAAGAACUACCAGGACUGCGUUUGUAAGAUCUCUAAGGAUUGUAUGUUACCCCGCUGGCACAUGAAGGACUUCUUCCACUCGUUCCUCAUCGUGUUCCGGGUGCUGUGUGGCGAGUGGAUCGAGACCAUGUGGGAUUGUAUGGAGGUGGCAGGGCAGCCUCUCUGCAUCCUAGUCUUCAUGCUGGUCAUGGUCAUAGGAAACCUGGUGGUGCUGAACCUGUUCUUGGCCCUGCUGCUCAGCUCGUUCAGCUCAGACAACCUGUCAGCUCCCGACGAGGACGGAGAGAUGAACAACAUCCAGAUCGCCGUGGCGCGCAUCCACACGGGGUUUGCCUGGCUGAUGAGGAAUGUCACCGACUUAUUCAACGGAAACCUGAAGAAGAGACGUCUCAUGACUAAAGACGUUCAGAUUUCUGUGAAGCUGACACCCGUAGCGAAUCACGUGGAGAGUAACGGUGGGGUGGGGGUCGGGGUGGUGGGGGUGAUCGGACGCUACGGAGAGAAGGUCCCGGACGACGACAGCUACAUGACCAACCCCAACCUGACCAUCAGUGUGCCCAUCGCUCCAGGGGAGUCGGACGUGGAGUUCCCUGAGGAAGGAGAGGUGGAGGAGGAGACGGAGUCGUCAGAGGACGAGGACAACAAAGCGGAAAAAGUGAGCCUAUCAGAAGGCAGCACGGUGGACUUGCGGAAGCCAGGGGAGGAAGAGGAUGACUUCUCUGAGACGGCUGACGAUGUUAUGGAGCCAGAUGAAUGUUUCCCUGAAUUCUGUGUUCGCCACUGUAAGUGCUGUGAGAUCAACACGACACGGGGCCUGGGUCAGGCCUGGUGGAGACUGAGGAAGACCUGUUACCAGAUUGUUGAACACAGCUGGUUCGAGACUUUUAUUAUCUUCAUGAUCCUGCUGAGCAGUGGUGCUCUGGCAUUUGAGGACAUCUACAUUGAGAAAAGGAAAGUGGUGAAGGUAAUCUUGGAGUACGCUGAUAAGGUCUUCUCCUACAUAUUCGUCCUAGAGAUGUUCCUCAAAUGGAUUGCCUACGGCUUCAAGAAGUACUUCACCAACGCUUGGUGUUGGCUGGACUUCCUCAUUGUCGAUGUGUCGUUGGUGAGCCUGGUAGCUAACUCUCUGGGCUACUCUGACUUUGCUGCCAUCAAAUCACUGAGGACUCUCCGAGCGCUGAGGCCCCUAAGGGCCCUGUCCAGAUUCGAGGGAAUGCGGGUGGUGGUGAACGCACUGAUUGGAGCCAUCCCAUCCAUCAUGAACGUCCUGCUGGUCUGCCUCAUCUUCUGGCUCAUCUUCAGCAUCAUGGGAGUCAACCUGUUCGCAGGGAAGUUUGGUAAAUGUGUGAACCGGACAGGGUUCAUCCACAAUGCUUCCAUCGUCAACAACAAGUCAGAGUGCCUGGCCAUGAACGACACUCAGUUUUAUUGGACUAAAGUCAAGGUCAACUUCGACAACGUGGGACUAGGAUACCUCUCACUGCUGCAAGUGGCCACGUUUAAAGGAUGGAUGGAAGUUAUGCAUGCAGCUGUUGAUUCACGUGGGGUAGAGGAGCAGCCAAUCAGGGAGAUCAACCUCUACAUGUACCUCUACUUUGUCAUCUUCAUCAUCUUCGGAUCCUUCUUCACUCUCAACCUCUUCAUCGGCGUCAUCAUUGAUAAUUUCAACCAGCAAAAAAGAAAGAUAAGUGGACAAGACAUUUUCAUGACUGACGAGCAGAGGAAGUACUACAACGCCAUGAAGAAAAUAGGCUCUAAAAAGCCCGAAAAGCCUAUACCAAGACCUACGAAUAUCCUCCAAGGCUUCUUAUUUGACCUGGUAUCCAAGCAAGGCUUUGACAUCAUCAUUAUGAUGCUGAUCAUCGUCAACAUGGUGACCAUGAUGGUGGAAACAGACGAUCAGUCCGCACGCAUGGAGUCCAUUCUCAACAAGAUCAACCUGAUUUUCAUCGUCAUCUUCACCACCGAAUGCCUCAUGAAGAUCGUGGCACUUCGUUGCUAUUUCUUCACCGUGGGAUGGAACAUCUUUGACUUUGUGGUUAUCAUCCUCUCCAUCGUUGGUAUCGUUCUGGCUGACAUCAUUGAGAAGUACUUUGUAUCUCCGACUCUCUUCCGUGUCAUCAGACUGGCAAGGAUAGGACGCGUACUUCGACUAAUACGUGGAGCCAAAGGAAUAAGGACUUUACUGUUUGCCUUAAUGAUGUCCAUGCCAGCGUUGUUCAACAUCGGCCUCCUGCUCUUCCUCGUAAUGUUCAUAUACGCUAUCUUCGGAAUGGCCAACUUCGCUUACGUGAAAAAAAAGGAAGGGAUAGAUGACAUGUUCAACUUUGAGACCUUUGGGAAUAGUAUGAUCUGCUUGUUCCAGAUCAGCACUUCCGCCGGGUGGGACAACGUCCUGGAGCCCAUCAUGUCUAACUCCCCAGAGGAGUGUGAAGCCUACGUCGUCAACACCGGCACCAACGUCCGAGGAAACUGCGGCAACCCGUCUGUGGCAAUCGCCUUCUGUGUCAGCUACAUCAUAAUAUCGUUCCUCAUCGUGGUCAACAUGUACAUCGCCAUCAUCCUGGAGAACUUCAGCGUGGCCACCGAGGAGAGCACAGAGCCGCUGAGUGAGGACGACUUCGAGAUGUUCUACGAGGUUUGGGAGAAGUUCGAUGCAGAGGCCACCCAGUUCAUAGAGUUCUCCAAGCUGUCGAAUUUCGCAGACAACCUGUCGGAGCCGCUGCGCAUCGCCAAGCCUAACAAAAUCAAGCUGAUCUCUAUGGACCUGCCGAUGGUGAGCGGGGACAAGAUCCACUGCCUGGACAUCCUGUUCGCCUUCACCAAACGCGUGCUGGGCGAGUCGGGCGAGAUGGACGCCCUCAAGCAGCAGAUGGAGGAGAAGUUCAUGAUGGCUAACCCGUCCAAGAUCUCCCACGAACCAAUCACUACGACCCUACGCCGCAAGCAGGAAGACGUGUCUGCCAUCAGCAUCCAGCGCUGUUACAGACGCCACCUGUUGAAACGGCAGAUGAAGCAGGCCUCAUUCCUUUACAGACAGAGGAACCUUCAGACCAACCUGAACUUGCAGGAGCACAUAGUGGUGGACAUAGAGAGGGCCCCGGAGACGGAGGGCCUCAUCGCCGCCAUGAUAAAGGAACACUACGGCCCCGAGGGGCCCGACGAGGAGGAGCUGGUGGCGGUCAUGGGGGUCGUGGAAGGGACUCUGUCCUCCUCACCGCCAUCUUACGACAGUGUGACCCGGCCAGGGGUGGCUAGUGACGUUGGUCAGAUAGAACGGCUAGAAAGGCCGGGAGACUUAGUGUUAGAACUCAGGGAACCUAGCCCCUCACAAACAUAUAGGGAACCUAGCACCUCACAAACAUAUAGGGAACCUAGCACCUCACAAACAAAGAGGGAACUUAGCACCUCACAAACAUAUAGGGAACCUAGCACCUCACAAACAAAGAGGGAACUUAGCACCUCACAAACAUAUAGGGAACCUAGCACCUCACAAACAAAGAGGGAACUUAGCAUCUCACAAACAUAUAGGGAACCUAGCACCUCACAAACAUUUGAAGAGACAUUUCUUUGAGAUAUUGUUUUCAGGAAACGUGUUUUUGUUGUUGUUGUUUUGUUUACAACAUGUACAGUAUCAUAACUCGGAACAACUCUCUCGGUACAAGAUAACAUUUUUAUAGCAGAAAAUACCCAGGAAUUUCAUUGGUAAAAAUGCAAAUAUUGCUUUUCUAUUAUUUAUAUAAGACCCUUUGUCAAUCAAACAAUCAUACGAUAUGUGUAUUAAUAAUGUUUAGAAAACCCAGGCACCAUUUUGAAGAUGGCGAUGCCACUAUAAAAAAUGUAUAAUAAGCUGUACCCAAAGUAAAAGAAAGGUGAGUUAAAAAAACAAAACUUAUAAACAAAUGUGUGAUUUCAUAUAUUCUGUCAUAACGGUUAAUUAACCAGUAAGUGUAAAUGACAAUCAAUCGGCUCUGAAUAACAUUUUAGAAGUUGGAUUGUUUUGUUUUACCAAAUGAAUAGAGAUAAAUAUGGAGUGUUUAGAUCUUGGUUCUCGUUUUGAUUACAGAUGAUGAACUCUUCUCUUUAUUAUCAAAAAAGAAAAUUGCAUCUUGAUUUGCUAAAAAUAUAUAUAUUUAUGAAAAAAAGUAUAUUUAAGUAUAUUUUCUUAUUAAUGGAUAUUUCAGGACAAAUGUUGUUGUUCUUUUCUAACUAAUGAGUUAAUAUGGUAAAGACCACAUUAUUUGAUCAGAAGUGUAUAGUUUAUAUAUAUAUAUAUAUAUUAUGCACUAAAUUUAGUUUAUUGCAUGAUCGGUAUAUUAAAACACCCAUGGUGAAGGGUUGUGUAUAGUACUAACUGCAACAUAACGUGCCUGAUAAUGGUUGUCUUGUCAUCUGCACACUUUAGUCCCCUUUUAACCAUUUAAUUUGACCUGUGGAAGUAGAAAUAUACAUUACAAACAUAUGUUAUAUUGACCUACGUAAAGCGUUAUGGGGGCAUUCAUGUCAAACAUUUAUAUCUAUAUUUUAUAAUGUAUUUAUAUGUUAAGGUUAUCUCAAUGACAGUCCAUAUGUAUAUAUAGGGAUCAUAGCCAGAGCAAUCAAAUGAUGUGUAUACAACUGUAUUCAUUAUUUUUACAUGAAAGAUGGUAAGAUACUUCCUUGAAAACCUUUUUGUUCCCCCCCCGUAUUACAUUUAAGUAGGUAAUCACUAUAUCAAACAAUAUUAAAAGAUUUUUCCAUAGUUGGGAGUUUUCAUUUUGUUACAGCUAGUUAACAAAUGGUACACUAUUGUUUUCUGUCCUAUUUCAUUUUUAUUUGACUUUUAAUUUUUUAAAAUAUUUUUUUACAUGUUAUAGCCUAUAAUUAUUACAACAUUUCUUCAUAUAUCAGAAUUGAUUUAUUUCAAAUUCACUGGUUUUAUCCCUCUUGCCUUUUCUAUUAGACACAUCUACACAUUCAAAUCAAAUCCAAUUUUAUUUGUCACAUACACAUGGUUAGCAGAUGUUAAUGCGAGUGUAGCGAAAUGCUUGUGCUUCUAGUUCCGACAAUGCAGUGAUAACCAACAAGUAAUCUAACUAACAAUUCCAAAACUACUGUCUUAUACACAGUGUAAGGGGAUAAGGAAUAUGUACAUAAGGAUAUAUGAAUGACUGAUGGUACAGAGCAGCAUACAGUAGAUGGUAUCGAGUACAGUAUAUACAUAUGAGAUGAGUAUGUAGACAAAGUAAACAAAGUGGCAUAGUUAAAGUGGCUAGUGAUACAUGUAUUACAUAAGGAUGCAGUCGAUGAUGUAGAGUACAGUAUAUACGUAUGCAUAUGAGAUGAAUAAUGUAGGGUAAGUAACAUUAUAUAAGGUAGCAUUGUUUAAAGUGGCUAGUGAUAUAUUUACAUCAUUUCCCAUCAAUUCCCAUUAUUAAAGUGGCUGGAGUUGGGUCAGUGUC